AUGUCUUCGUUAAAUGAUCUCGUACAGAACAAGGAGCUGGUGUCCGGCACUCUUCUGACGGCCUUCAUCGGCGGCAUCGUUGUAGCCUGGCUCUCUUCCAAGAAGUCGGGUCUGAAGGCUCCGAAAGGGGUUUCCCGAGAUAAACAAGCUGUGGAAGUUGAGGUAAACAAUACUGUAGACUGUCUGAUGCUGAAAAUAUUUUAGUUGACGUUUUAAUUUUGUUUUGUAACAUUAUUUAGUAAUAGGUAUAGGCUUCAACUAUUACAUUUUUAGUCAUCAUAUUCAAAAGUAAUCUUGACAUUUGUAGGAAGAAGGAUUCGUACUCAAAAGCGGACUUCUUGCUGGACAACCUGACAGAUACAUCGCCUCCAUCUACCCAGAAGCCACAACCUUAUACCAACUUUUCCUCCGUGGAUUAGAAGUAAGUACAAUGUUGUUUUAGCUCAUGUUCUCUUUCUAGUCGAGUGGAAACAAGCGAUGUCUCGGAUACCGUCCCCAAAAAGACGCUCCAUACACCUUCAUCAGCUACGCCGAAACCUUCAGAAGAGCUCGCAACAUUGGCUCUGCCUUCGUAUCGUACCUCGGAGUGAAUCCUAACAACAAAACCUUGAUCGGAAUCUACGCUCAGAACUCUCCUGAAUGGGCGAUCGCUUGUAUCGGAGCUUUGAGAUACUCCAUGGUUACUGUGCCAUUGUACGACACGUUGGGUGCUGAUGCUGCUAAGUUCAUCGUCAAAGACACUGGAAUGAAGUGAGUUGUCACGAUGAAUAUGUAAAUUUCGUUUAGAGUAAUUGUUGUGGACAACGCAUCAAAGGUAACGAAACUUAUGUCGACCAUCGAAGACACACCGUCCCUCAAACAUAUUGUGGUUAUCAAGGAAGGCGACGUUACCGAAGAGCUACAAGCAGAAGCUUCCAAGCACGAUGUCAAAGUUCACAGCUUCGAACAUCUGAUUCACAUUGGAGAAACCGACGUGCAACCUGACGUAGAGCCAAAGCCUGAUAACAUGUUCAUUAUUUGGUAUGGUUUUGAACCCUUUUUUACAACUUAAAACAGUUUGAAUACUUUUUAUAAUACUCUAUUGUAUUGUAUUAUAACUUUCCUUUCUUCAGCUACACUAGUGGUACCACCGGAACCCCCAAAGGAGUAGUCCUGACCCACAAGAAUCUCGUAGCCAAUGUAGCGGGUGUCAUCAAGAUCAUGAAAUCCUUUGUCCCGGAAAUGGAAAACUCGGAUCAAGUAGCCAUUUCGUAUCUUCCCUUGUCACACAUGUUCGAACAAGUUUGUCAUUGGUGUCUGUUUGCCUUGGGCGGCUCAGUAGGCUACUUCAACGGAGAUGUACGUCGAUUAAACGAAGACAUGAAAGCUUUAAAACCAACCAUCUUCCCCACCGUGCCCAGAUUACUAAACCGCUUCUACGGACUGAUUCAGGUAGGGCUAGCCUCAAAAUUCAAAAACUUUAGUCUUGAACAUUCAUUUGAUGUUUCAAAACACUACUCGACAAUCUCACGUCCACUGAUAAAAAACUUUUAGAAACAAUUGAACAACAAAAACCCUCUGAAACGGACACUCCUCAAACUAGCCUACAGCAAGAAGUUGGCUCACGUCAAGGCCGGAAUCAUCGAGAACAACAGUGUGUGGGACCGUCUGGUCUUCAACAAGUUCCAGUCUGAACUAGGAGGAAACCUAAAACUGGCCGUAACCGGAUCAGCUCCAAUCAGCGAGGAAUGUCUGGAAGCCUGUAGAGUCGCCUUUGGAUGUCACAUCUUGGAAGGAUACGGCCAAACCGAAUGCACGGCUAUGGCUACAAUGACUUGGCCCGGCGACGGCACUGGCGGCCAUUGUGGAGCGCCAGCCGUCUGUUCGAACAUCAAAUUGGAAGACGUAGCGGAGCUGAAUUACUUCGCCGUGAGUUUCCAAACGUUACCGUGAAUAAAAAACGAAAGUUCACGCCACUUUUCGGUUGUAAUCUUAAUUAGUGCGAAUCAUAUCUUUGGUUUCACUUAUUUUAAUGAUAUCUUAUCUUUAGAGCGAACGCAAAGGAGAAGUUCUGAUCAAAGGGCCAUGUGUAACAACCGGAUACUUUAAUAACCCUGAAAAGACUGCCGAACUGUUUGAUGCGGAAGGUUAUCUGCACACCGGAGAUAUUGGACAGAUCCUGCCCAACGGAACGCUAAAGAUCAUCGACCGCAAAAAACACAUUUUCAAGCUCGCCCAAGUAGGUAACAAACAGAUAGUUUAACAAAAUAUCACAAAAAACAAGGUAACACGCCCAAAAUAGAGCUCAUUUAAUGGAAAUGUAAAUGAAAUCAUUAAAUUACAUAAUGAUAAUAGAUGUCUAUACAUUUUUUGGUUCAAAAGUAGAGAGAACCUAACAAAGGUUACUCAUUUUUACCCGUUCCUUGACUUUUUCAUCAAGAAAAUCAACUAACUACUCUAAAACAAUGUAAAACAAGAAAAAACUUACGACAACAUCAAUUUCAGGGUGAAUAUGUUGCUCCAGAGAAGAUUGAGAACGUAUAUGUCCAAUCAGGAUAUGUACAACAAGCAUAUGUUGAUGGAGACAGUUUGGAACCUCAUCUUGUAGCUGUGAUCGUCCCUGAAGCCAAAGAAUUGACAAGAUGGUACAAAUCAGAAACUGGUUCAGACAAAUCUCUGAAAGAAAUCUGUGAAGAUCAAAAGGUAAGCUUUCUUUUGCUGGAUAUAGGUUGUUAUUGCUCAAUAUGAAAGAAUUAUCUUACCGAUAAUUGCUCUUUGUUUACUACGCAUAGAAAAUUCACUAUUUGACAAAAAAAUCGACCAAAAACAAAAUUUUGUCGUCAAUUUCUGAACUUUUUGUUUGGACGAAAUGUCACAAUUAUUAUCGUAAAAUAUUUUCAUCAACGAAUAUUCUAGGCAGUCGACCACGUCUUCCACGAGAUAAUCGACUUUGGCAAGAAGAACAAGUUGAACAGCAUCGAGCAGGUGAAGAAGAUCUGGUUGGAGCCGGAACCAUUCACGGUGGAGAACGGCCUUCUGACUCCCACCUUCAAAUCGAAACGACCUCAGCUGCGACAAAAGUAUAAGCAAUUGUUCGACAAGUUGUAUGGUAAAUGA